AUGAAACCCAGUGUUGAUGAGAGCGUGUGGAGUCAGAAUGGGCAGAAAACGACAGUGCGGGAGCUUGGUCAGCCCAGCAACCGAGGCGGGACGGACGGAGAGCACAGGCUACGUGGCAUCCGUCGUGGGCCGAAGGAGACCGCUGCCGAGGGUCCACACACAAGACCAGCGGCUCCGGGCACGAGCAGAGCGACAGGCGGUGAACUUCGUGGCACCAGGUACCCGGAGCGCCUCAGCCCAUCCGCCGGGUGCCUGUGCUUCUUGGGUCCUUGCCGGCCUCGGCCUCGGGUUGUCCCGUCCUCACCGGCAGCUCCUGUGGGGAGGCACCAGCGAAAUGACUCUGGCCUAGCAGGCUCGGCCGCAGACCUCCGUAAGAUGGCCGUGACCCACAUCGUACCGCAGUGGCCACUUCCCCUACCCUGGCGGCCAGGUCAGUGCGUGAGUGGCCAGCCGGCCUGGGCCCGACCCGGUGCGCGGACCCGCCUUUCCCAGGGCUCGGGGGGUGGGGGGAGGCCCGUGGAUUCUGUGGCUGAGCCAUGUGCAUGCAUCUCCCAGGAGCAAAGCGACGCCUCCCACUUCCCGCACGUGGAGGCAAAGGGGCCCCCUGGGCCUGAGCUCCUGUCGCGCUCCUGGGAGGGCCCUCGCCUGACCCAGGCUGGGCCAAGUGCCCGAGGGCUGGCCCACGGCGGCUGCAGUAACGGCAGCCCAUCUACCUCGGGGCACGAAGGGGCCUCUUGA